ACAACGCCAAGACAAGUAUAUGUUGUCUGCAGGGAUGUUUGGCAGCCUCAGUUGUUGGUUUCGCAUUUUUCGUGGCUCUACCAACAGGUAUAAUUCUAAUAGUGCUUUCGACAACAAAAAGCGAUGCAGCGCUCCUGGCGGUGGGCUGCAUCCUCGUCGCCCUUCCCCUCAUCAUCUUGGUCGUGGUCAUCAUACUGUGUUUGAACCAGAAACAGUUGUGUUGUCACAAGAGACGCACGCAGACAUCCGGACACAGUCGACAGCCGAAACCAGUACAAGUGGUCCGGACAACAAGUACCAGCGGAGAAUCUCCAGUCUGA